CUUUGUAUAUUGUUUAUUUUGUUCUGUUUUGUGCCGAUGCAAAGGAGAUAGAAGUAAAUGAGAUUCCAUACUCCCAGAGCAUGUUUAUCUAGAAGGUGGAUGAGGUAGGAAUGACCUGCACGUCCAGCCGCCUGACCCACGUUGGCGUGAUUAAUUGCACAUCCUGGAAGACUGGGUGGUUAUGUUGAUAUUCAGCAGGUUAAGCUCUAAAGAGAGCCUUGAAAAGGUGCCUGAAGUUUGAGGAGUUUUACCUGUGCAGGGCUUUCAAGAGAAUGAGUAUUAGUUUCAUGUGUUGGUUAAAUUCUUUGUCAGUAUUAUGAUGAUUUAUGGAUUUGCAUGCGAAAGGAGAUUUGUGGAGAGGAUUUAGGAAAAAUUUACAUGGGUUUCAGCCCAGAGUGCAGGAAGAAUGUCUCUAUUUUCUAGAGAGGUUGCUGAAUAAAGGCUGCAGAGGUGGCUGCAUCAGUAGCCGUUUGUGUCUGUAAUACCAGGUGACAACUAGAAGAAGCCAGCUGUAACCAAAAGCAUUCUGGGUCUUUUAAUAGCUGGAGCUACAGGCAGGAGUUUCUGAGUCCCCUCGACCCCCCAGCACAGCAAAGUUGGUUGUGAUCACAACCAAAUACAUGAUAUCUUAUUUUGAAUUCUUAUAUAUAUUUCCAGAUUUGAUUUCCUAGAUAAUUUUGCUUAAAAUGUUGUUUAGCACUGGUCUAUUUCUGGCAAUUUUAUCCUUCUGUAAAAUAAAGAUAUGGUUUUCUCCCUUCUUUUUUGUUCCUAUUUUCCUUCCUCCUUUUUUUCAUUCUUCCUUCCUUCCUGUGAUGUAGAUAGAGAGUUUUAAUUUCAUUCUAUAGGGUACUAAGUAGCCUUUGAAAAGAAUGCUGAUGAGCCUUAUUUUAUAAGUUUUAUACAUAAAUAAAAUUACAUUUAGAUUUCUGAAAGUAUAUUACCAAUCAGUGCUCACCUAUUAGCUGUAUUUCAUUUUUAAUAAAUUAGAAGAAUAAUGGGUUUUGCAAAUGUGCUAAGAUUAGAUUAACCCAAACACCUGUGUAUUUGACUUGAUUUCAGUUCAGCUCAUCCAAAAAAUUAUUAAAACGAAUAUAUCAGAAUAAGUCUUAUCAGAAAAAAAGCAAAUUUGCUAUGCUGAUUAUCAUAGACUUGGUAAUGUUGAAGAAGCAUCACAAAAUUAUCCAUAAAUAUAGAAAAAUAUUAUGUAAAUAAAAUUGCCAAUGGGGUUUAAAAAUAGUCAUUUUGGGCUAUCAAUAAGUCACUAAAUGUACUGAGUUGUUUAUUCUUUGCAUUUCUAUGUUGUAUUGAAUUUGACUAUUAUACCCAAAGGUUUUUAUAAGCAUAUUUUAAGCUUGAAGUUAGUGGUGGAUUUAAUUUAGAUGAAACUUUAGUUUUUAAUAGCUUUUAUGACAACUUCAAAUGAUAGAAUCCUCACAGCUGUUUGCAUUUUAAACAUGCCUGAAUCUAAUACGGACAGUAUUAAGUACAUUAAGUGGACCUUUGAAUGUUCUGAAAUGAUAGAAUAACUCUGUGCUAUAAAAGCCAAGAAAAACUUCCAGCUAUCAUACUCUAUGCCUCAUAUUAAAAUUCAUUUGUUUUUUUUCCAAUGCUAAGAUUAUGCAGAGAUCUACACAAUUUCUAAGGAGUGCCUUGGUGUGGCACUAGAUGUCAUCUAUAUGCUUAAUCAUUGUCAACAACAAUUUUUCAUAAUUCAUUGUAAAUUUUUAAGUAUUUCCCUAUAGCUAAGUGGCCCCUGUAAAAAAAUUUUACUAGUACAGUUUUUUCUUUGGUUUAUGUAUUGCUAAUUUGUUGUGAUAUGUGCAGAAAUACAGAAGUGUCUUUCCUUUCUUGCCAGUAAACAAAACUUAGGAACUAGAGAUUUAGUUUGUAUUAUAUUUAAUUUUUGGCUUUUAAUGGUCAGCUUAGGAUUUACUCUUCUUAGAGAAUUUAUCUUGGCUAAAUAUUUUAAUGGUCCUUAUGGAACAUUUUGGUAAAUAACCCUUUUCUUGAAACAGAGGGAGAAUAAAAAUGGAAUAUUUAUCUUUUUUUUUUGAGCAAGGAAAAUAAGAUAGUUUAAGUAAUUUUAGAAUCCGAUCAUCCAUUUACUCAUUACUUAAAAAAUAUCUCAGCCCUAUUUUAAUAGCUUUAACUUAGUUUCUAUUAGCUUUGUUACAUUAGCUUUGUUAUGUGUAUUGCUCAUUACUUAUAAUAAGACCUACAUGCCUUACCACCACACAAAAUAUAUAUUUUAACUUGAUUCCUGAAAGACAUUCCAUAUUAGACACUAUAACACUUUUGCCCCAGUAGAUCUCUAUUUUUAGACUCUGCCAUGUGUAUUCCUUUUUUAAGCUCAAAUAAAAUUAUGACUAUUCGAUAAGAGAUAGUUCUAAAACUUGUUUUCAUGUGUGUAAGUAUUUGUCUAACAGAUACUAAAAGAUUGGGGAUAAUAAGAGAUUUCCCUUGGAGAGAUUAUGACUAGAUAAAGACAUUUAUGUGUUUUAUUCGAUACAUAUUUACCAUGAUAAAUAGUAAUAAAUCUGUCACAAUCUGUUAUAGCAACUCACUCUUUUCCCCCUUUUUGAAUGGGCCAUCUCUCUUCCCUUAGAUAAAACAAAGAAAACUUAAAACUGUGACAUUCCAUGAUCACAUCUUAUUUGUGACACCACUGUGGUACUGAGGCUGGACUUCUUUUGCCACCAUUAGGCUGGAUCUUCCCGGGCUAUCAGGAGACAGAGGGGAUUGCCUGGCCCUGUUUUGAAAACACUGCAGCAUCUGUGGGAGAGAGAAAACAUAAGCCUGGCCCGACAUCAUGCCAUGGAUGAUCUGGCAGGAUCCAUGAAUGUGUGUCUGUGCUAUGUGCUGUGUCUAGAGACCUCAAGUCACUAGAGAAGCAUGACACAGGGCUUGGGGUGCUGUAAGAACCAUCCAGCAGGGUCUACAGACACAAGUGCAAUGGCGGGAAGGAGAACAUGGGCCUGUGGUUAGGGGUAGGGUGAUUUUUUUUUUUUUAAAGAGGAAGCCUGUGUGAAAUGACAGCUAUCUAAUUGCCCACAAGAGCUCUGCUUGUUACUGCAGAACAUUUUUAUGUUCUCUGUUCAAAUUUAAGUAUGUUGCUCUUUUGAGUCGCAUCCCAAUUUCUCGUAGCCCUCAUCUUUUGAGAAGACUUCAGUAAUAAAUGGUUGUUUGUUUUUUUUGUGUGUGUGUGGAUGCCAGAAUGUAUUUUGCGUGUGUAAUCUCUUGAAUCUACAUGUGAUCUUCUUGUUUUGUUAGAUUUCUACAUCUUGGUUUUCUAUUUUAAAACAUAUUUCAGCUUAAACUUAUUAUUUUGCUACUUGACUGCUCAUUCCAGCAAAUUUUUUGCAUUUAACCUAAUAAUCGUACACAUUGAAUCAUGAAUUCAUACAGAGAAAAAUGUACCACAUUAAAUUACGUUUUUGGAAAAAAUGAUUCAUGAUUCUUAACAGAAAUUAACAGGAAAGUACUAAAGUCUAAAAAGUAGCAAAAAAUUUUAUUUUGUGCUAUUUUUAGAUAUUUUCAUCACACACACAGAAAAAAAAAUUAAACAAAGAUAUUGUCUUUUGGAAACUUUACUGUGCCCACCAAUAUGUAAACACAUAAAACUUUGACCUUCUUAUAAUUUGGAAUAUUUCACAAUUAUGUACCCUUUAUUAGAAACUGUUAACUACAACCUUUCUACCUCAAACAUUGGUGAGUUUGUUUCCAUUUCAUAUGUGAUUUGCAACUUUAAUGAUGGUCUUAUGCUGACCCCAGUUGGGAUGUCUUGAACUUCAGAUUUCCCUGGAAAUGUGAAGUUUUAUUCUGAGAAAUAGUUUAUGGCCUUUCUUAUCUCCAGAGAUCUUUUCUUAAACCAUACUUUUCAGUAAAGACUAUUUUCUGUGUUAAAUUUUGGCUUUUUUGUGUUUUGGUUUUUGUUUUAAAAUUCAGGAGGAUCUGGCAAGCUUUAAGUGGUCAGAAAUGAUCUUGGACACGUGGAUCCUAAGGAAAACAAUCUCUACUACCAUAAAGAAUCUAAAAUAAGAUCUGGCACUCCAAAAUAAUUUGAGACAUGAGUUACUGAAUGGGUAGAUUUAAAAAAUAAAAACUCGAUGUAUAUUAGAUACCAAGUUUAUCAAUUUUCAUUGAUAAAAAUUGAAUCAAAUUAAACCUUUAAGUCUUUAAUUUGAUUCUUAAAUCAAAUUAAACCUUUAAGUCUGGAUUCGAAUUUCUUUUACAGAAGAGAAAACCCUUUUUAGUAGGGAGAUCAGGAAAAAUGAUGAAUGCUAAUGGCAUUAAGUGCCCUAUAUGUUUCCCAUUCUAUAAUAAUCCUCAUAUUUGAAGAUUUCAAGCAUAAUCUUGAAUCCAUAUCUUAUGCUCUUUUGGAAAUAAAACUCCCCCCCCCCACAAAUGCUUAAAGAAAUCACAAACAAUUUAAAAGCGAAAUUGGUAAAUAGAUUUUUUUUUUCUUAUUAGAGGCCCAGAAAUGAUAUAUGAUUGAAAAAUUAGUACUUAACUCGGAAAUACACAAUUUCCCCCGUCACUUUUGAAAUUGAUCAUAGGGAAAUCAGAACCGUGCUUUUCCAUGUCAACAAAAUUUUAACUUGAGUAAUCAUAUAGCUUUCUUUGAAAUGAAAUUUAUAUUAAAAUAUUGUGUCUAGCACAAGUGAACUAUGCAUCAGCUAGCUGGGCUCCAUCCUGUGUAAGAAAGUCUAUUAAGUCGUCGAUCGUGUGGUAAGAAAUAAAAGGAGGGGCUUCUUCAAGGUUGAUUCUUGGAUCAAUAGGUACUUUGUGAAGAGGUAUAAUUGUAGGUGUUUAAAUUAAAAUAUCAGGAUAGCUUACGAUACUCAACUUUAAACUUAGUGUGCUCAUUUUGUAAUUAAAGAUAUUAAAAUAGGCUUAAGUAUUAAAAUUAUGUUUAUUAAUUAUGAAAAUAUAUAGGCAAAAGAAAGGAUAUGGGUAGCACAGUGAAAUCACCCCAAAUAGAACAAAGCUAUUAUUCACACAGUUUACACAGCCUAUAUAACAUGACGCUGGGGAACACCGUGAAAGAGAAAAUAUUCAUCACAAAGAAAGUAUUUAUUUUUUUCUGCAGUUAAUGCUGAAUUUGCUAAACCAAAGGCUUCAAGUUCAGCAUGUGUAUUGUUUCUGUGAAAACUAAUCUCAUCUUCUCCAUUGCAUACUGAGGCUAUAGAGGUUAUUUAUUUUUUUUUUUUUACGAAUCACUGGUAUAUGAAACAAAUAUAGUAGGAUCUCUAUAUUUGUUUUUCAUUGAUGGAUCUCAUCCCAUUAAAAAUGUUGCAAAACGCGCACAAGAGGCUUACAGAUAUUCAACUUAUAUACCAUUGGACAUUCCAAUCUCCCAGAAGUUUACUGAAAGAUUUUGGUAUUUUUGUUUGGAAUUUUGGAAUAAUGGGUUCCCUUGUCCAUAGUAAAAGUGGGUGUAGUAGGGUGGAAAUACUUUCUCCUCUUGUCUGCCUUCGAGCCCAAUCUUGUACCUCUCAAUAAGGUAGGCUUACCGGUGUGCUUUAUAUUUUAAAUAUAAAGAGAAAAGAAAUUUAAGGGAGAGGAUAAACACACAAGUUAACUAUGGAUAAGGCUUGUAUAUUUUCGAGCUAUUCUUAGAUUAUCUUUACAGAUGAAAAGGUUUGUAUGUCUGAAACACUCAAACAAAAGACCACCACUUCAUUCCUUCCACCAGAACAAUGCCAUCCUGGCCAGCAGUGUCACAGUUUUCUACCCAGCAGGCUCUUCUGAGGUGGUGUGCAUCAUACAUGCCUCCCCUCCCCAGUGUUUGUUUUUAUUUUUUAACCAAGUUUUCAAAAUACUGUUUCACCUGCUAAGACUAAUCCGGACUUUUGUGACAAUUUUAGCAACUGGAACAAUAGCAUUCAGUGUCUAAUUGGACUCAUUUGUUGAGAAAGGAGAAAUACAUCUCAGUGAACUAUUAUUUUGUACCUGAUUUUAUCGCUUGCACUGAAGAGUAUAUUUUAGUGUGAAAGUUUGGAUCCCAUCUGAGUGGUUUAAUUACUGAGAAAACUAAGAAACCACAGGCUUUACCUAGAGAGAAUUACAACAGGGAUUGCAUGUAUUUUGAAAUUAUAAAUAUUUGUUAUGUAGCAUCUCACUUAACUGUGACUUUAUUUUAUGGUUAUGGAAUAAUAUAGAUGCUUGGCUUGAUACUUGGUUGAAUACCAUUUUUUUUAACUUUAUAAUUUCAUCGAUUUAACCAUUAGUUUUAUUUUCUCACGUAGUGAAAGUUUCUCUCUUUUCCCUCCAUGUUUAUUGACAAUUUGUACAUUUUCAAAGUAUGUUUUCCUGGUUUCAGACAAUUUGAAAGUUUUUGUUUGAAAGUAAUAAAUCAGAGUCAGAAUUUGGAGGGCUAAAUAAGAUUCUCUCAGAAAAUGUGGCAGUAAUCCUAAAAGAAUAAGGAGUCUCUUCAAAAAUAGCGAAGUUGUAUUUCGUUAAGGCAGAAUAAAUACGAUCAGGCUGUUGACAGACACCUGCUUUGUUUUUGUUUUAUUUUUUUACAUAAAUUGCACUGAAUUCUAAAACUGAAUGUUAAGUUGCAUCUCAAAGCAAUAGCAUGGAAUUUUCAGCGUUGAUUUCUGUCCACUGUCCUAAGGUGUGUUUGUGUAUAUGAGUGUGCUCAUUCUAAAGGAAUAAGAGCUUUUAUAAAAUGCAAAAUUGUACUUUUAAAUACUCAAUUAUUUUAUCUCAAAAUAGCAGCAUGUGAAUGACUUUUUUUUUAAGUUGCAGCUGCUGCAUAGGUGUAGAGCUAUUAGAAGAGUUUUAUGCUUUGCUUGGGCAUAUACUCCCUCUUCAGAGAAGUUAAGGUAGUGCAGAAGAGUUUGCAUUUUGUAAAAUUUCAGGGUUGAAAAUAAAGAUGAUUUACGUUUUAAUGAGAUGUAUAGAUUUCAAUUCUGAAAGAAUGUGAGAGUUAUAUUUUGAAAAGAACAUUUUAAGAGUUAUAUUUAAGUAGGUUAGUGACACCCACUGUUGUCUCUCUUGUCUAACUUUGUCAUGUAAGUAAUUAAUCAUAAAUAUGCUGCUAGGGUUGAAACUUGAGAUAUAAGCACUUACUUCUGGAGUAAUAAGAAGCAGUUCUGUGUGUGCCUUAAAUUUCGUGAAAUUUAUUUUGAUUAUUCAGUGGAACCGAAGAAUAGGAACAUUUCCUUAGUGAAGCUUUCUUCAUUAAACAAACUGUAAAGAAAAUUUCUUGGUGUGUUGCCAUAUGUUGGUAGUGAUUAAAGGGCAUUGCCUUUGUGAAAUGUGGACUCAUAUUAGAAAGACUUAUAUUUUCUCAGAAAAAUGACCUUUGUGGUACAUUUAAUCAUGAGAACUGGUGUCAUUCCUCUCUCUCUCUCUCUCUCACACACACACACACACACACACACACACACACACACACACACACACAGUCACUGCUACCACUUGCUGUUACCAUUUAGAGAUUUUAGGAAAAUGCUAUUUUGGAACUAUCAUUUUGAUGUCUUCUGAGAAAGAGUACCUAACUGUCUAUAGCAACCUCCUCCCUCCCAACCCAUAUCAUUCUAAAUAUGCCUCCUGGAUUAUACUUAUAAUAAUAUUGUAAUGGCUUUCAUUCUACCGAUUGGCACAGUAUAUCAUUAUAUCAUUAGCUGCUAUGAGAAAGCAGUUUCAAGUAGGUGACUGAUUCUUAGCGUUAAUGUUUUCAAGUAACCCUGUUUGGGGAAUUGGGUUGUUUCACAGGUGCUCAGGUGUAGUAACACAGGGUAUAAUAAUAUUUUUUGGCUUGCUCAUUAUGAAAUGAACUUGUAGUGCAAAAUAAUUCAAUAAUAAGUAGAUCAUAAAAACUGGGGCUCUAUUAUAGGAAAGUGUAAUAACUGGAGAUGUUAAAAGAUGAGAUAAAAUAUGAAAUUUGUCUAAGGAUGCAACAGUACUCAACUCAUUUCUCAUUACUACUAAAACAGAGAUUUUACAAGAAUGUUCAUGGCCUGAUGAUUCAGACUCGUUGAAUCAGUUUAAAUUUUUUAAAGCAUUAAACUAAGUAGAAAAUAUAUUUCUGUAGCCAUUAUAGUAUUUGAAAGUAUUAUUAUAUAAAAAGUUACAAAUUCUGCCAUUGAAUACUAAUGUGAAAUUUUAUUGCCAAAGCCUUGUGGUUCCUCAUACAGGUACCUUUAUAUGAAUUUUAUUUUUAGAGUUAUAUAGGACAUUGGCACAUAUAAUCUGUGACUUAAUUGAAAUGGCUGGGCAAAAGAAAACAGAAUUAAGCAUAUUUAUUAUGAGCAGAUAUAGUUGAUAUUUCAAAAUUCAAACCCCAAUAGGUAAUUAUUUUACAAACAAAUGCUAUUUUGUUUUUAGUAAAUUAUAUCAACAACCUCUCUGUUAAGUGAAACCCUAAAAGUAACAAGCUAAGAGGAGCCCAGGUGGGAAGAGAAAAAGUAUUUUCAUAAGUUUCAUUUAUUCACUUAUUGCUUUCUCCAUUGAUCCUUAUUCAAGGCAUAUUUUUCAACUAAACUAAAAACUAGACACACCAUGUAACAUUGAACAUGUCUUUCUCUUCAAUAUAUUCUUACUUAAUUUAUGAAGCUUUACAACUAAGAUUCUUCAUGUUUAAUGAAAUGUGUAGUCUUAUGUCACUGGGAUUGCAAUUUGCAGGAGUAACCUUAGUGUUUUAAGGAGCAGCAUAACAUCUGGCCUUUUAAGAAAAUCCUGCAUUCAAAAAACAAAAUAACUCAUACAGUAACAAAUGGAAUUGUUGUCCUUUAAGCUGAUUAUGGAGGUGCUUAGUCCCCUUAGUUGUCAUCACCUUGGAGAGGGUAAAGGACAUGUUUCGCGUACAUCUUUUUUGUCCCAUGGAAGCCAAACUCACUGCCUUACACAUAUAUAUGUCCAGUGCAUGAAUAUAUAGAAGGGUGGAAAUAAUACUGCCGUAGAAAUAAAAAGACAUUCCUAAUUUAAUGUCAGGAUAAACUGUACUUACUCACAAAAUGGCCUGAGUUAGUUCAGAAACCUGUUUCAUUGUCUAUAAAAUAGGUAUAAACAGUACAUAAUGUGAUGGUGUUGGUAUACUAACAAGAAAAACCUUAGCAUAGUGCUUAUUCUGUUCCGGGCACUGUUCUAAGCACUUUGCAUCUAUUAAAUAAUUUAAUCAUACAAAAAUACUCUUUAUUCAUGGGUCAAGAAACUGAGACACAGAGAGGUGAAGAAACAUGCCUGUGGUCACACAGCUAGUAAAUGGCAGAGCUAGGAUUGAGACCUGGGUAGUUUGUCUCCAGGUUUUCUGUGUUCUUAACCGUGAUACUAUUUGUGCUGUUGGCUGUUCAGUCCGAAUAUUCUGUAAACCAAAAAGCUCUCUACAGCAUGGUUGUUGUUAACUUAGGUAUACCUGUGUUUGACUAUUUGGAAUACAUUAAUUUUUAGAAGUUUUGUUUCACUGUGAAAUGACCCUCAAUACCGCUAUAUCGUAAUAAUGUACAACUUCUGCCCAAGCCAGAUCAGUGAGGACAGGCAAUUCAGGAGAGCAUUUGUGUAAUAGAGACAGUAUAAUGUAGUGGUUAUAAGUAUCAAAUCUGAUCAAGGUGUCAGUGCUACUUCCUAGCUAUGUGUAAUGCUUGCAUAUAAUAUCCUCAAAUAUUACAUAUUAUUGUUACACAUAAUAAUACUGAUAAGCACUGUCAGUGCUAAUAUUAGCAACAAGGGAACUACUUUUCAUUUGGCACUUGGGAAAAAAAAAUCUCCCAUGGCCACUUACUUGAGAGUAGAUAACAGUAGAAUAGAAACUAAGACCAGGUUCUCCGAUUGCAUGCAGAAGAAUUUCACCUCGCAGAGCUCACUUGCUUUCUCUAAAAUUAUGAAAUAUUGCAAACAGCUUUUAUAUCUCUUCGUCUUUACAGCUACGUCUCCAUGAAGCCAAGACACUUUGUCAGCCUUUCUAAUCAUUAGCCUGAGCUUUGUAAAGUUUAUGUCACAAGUGCGUACUCCAUCUUUUCUCUUUUGCAAUGGGACAUCAGGCCAAGAUGCCCAGAGCUCUUCGUAAUGCGAUUCUCUCUGCCCAGUAAUUUGUUUAUGCUUAAAUCAGCCCUGCCUCUAAGUGAUAACGAGAUAGAUGCUUUUUCUUCCAUUUUGUAUCAGUGGGAUCUCAUAAUAGGCCAGAGUGGUCCUCGUGAGUGCUGGACAGGGACACCUUGAUAGGGCUGGCUCUGGUUCUCCGCAGAGAGUUGAAGGUUAGGCCCAAGGUUUCAACUUCAUCCGGGAAGAUGAAGAUGUGUGGAUGAGGUGGGUCUGUGUGGCAGUUUGUUUCUCUUAUAAAGUAAAACAGAGUUCAGUUUGGGUAGAUUUCUAACAUUAAACAGAAGUAUCUGUACAGAUGUGUUAAGAUAAAGUCAAAGAAUGGCUGGAUUCUAGCCUUUGACACAUAGUAACAUAUCUCUGUAAUUGUAAUGAUGUAAUGUAUUUUUUUAUCGAUGCCAUUGCUGAAUUCAUAAAAGAAGAGGUGCUUUUAAUUUUCAACUAUGGGGAGCUUAAAAUAAUUUCUAGAAGGGCUGAUUAGUUAACUCUUCUUGCAUUUAAAGAAAAAAAAAACAUCUGCUGCAGGUGAUGGGUGGGAGGUGGGUGCGGAAGUGGGAGCGUGGUCUGGACCUUCCGCAAUGAAUGCCUUCUCCCAGCCAAUUCUGUCCUGCAGAAAAACCAGGUCCCAAGUGAGAGUCUUCCUCGGGAACGGUCCCUUUUGGCUGGUGAGCCCUGAGCCUCUUCCCUGGUGCCCCCAAGCAGGGGCUUAUGGGUUAGUUCACAGAGAUAGAGUCUUUCUCUGGGAAGCUGAGAGAUCUGAUUUAGCCACCCCUCAUUUGUAGUCAUUGCCACCUUGUGGAUUACAAAGGAUAUUGGUUUUCAUCAAACUUCCACUUCAAUUUGGCUUUUUAUGGCAAGUACACAUUGGCAGUGGAUUGCUGUGUUCCUCACCAAAAGGAUCCUCGUUUGUUCAGCAACACCUCACUUCUCCACUCACAGUUCAUUUAUGAUUCUGAUGAGAGUGUUUUUUCAGGAAACACACAUUUCACUUUUUGACCUAGGAGCAUCUGUUAGAAUUUUUUUUUAAUACUACUUUGGCAUUCUGAAAGUGUUAAUGUCUUUCAUAUCUGUUUAAUGCUAUUUAGGGAUAUUUAUGAUCACCUCUUGGUUACUCAGGGUAAAGUGUGUCGCAAUUUUUUUAAAACAGACAGGAAAGCAUUCACAUGAGGAAACAGAUUGCUUUAAACAUGUGCUUCCUGUGACAGUAAAAAGAACAAAUUAGAUUUAACACUGUGUAAUGAAUGCAUAAAUGUGUACAUUUAAGCUUUUAAAAGCUUUAUGUUCAGUUCUGGUCACAACAAAAAUUGAGUCACCUGUAAAAAUUAAAGAUGCCUUGGGUACUCUCAGACUCCUGCAAUGCCCAGCAAUUGCAGUCCUCACCUGAUGAGGCCUCUUUGGAAUCAUAAAAAGCAUUCUAUAUUAAUGCUGGAGAGAACUAGACUGUUACGAGGCACAUUCAGAGGUUAAACCAGGUUAGAGUCUGAUCUGUGCAUUUAGCAAAGAAAUCAGAAUAUGCCGGGGAGGGGAGGAUUGUACUAUCAUCUUCUUCCCUAAGAAUCAAUGUUAAAAAAAAAAAAAUCCAUUCUUCCAAACCCCAAAUAUUCCCGUCUUUCAUGAAAGAAAAAGAAGAGAAUCUGAUGUUUACUUACUAGCAUUUCCUACAAUUAAAUUAUAUAAGAAAACGACUCCUUUUCUUAUGUAAUUCAGUUUGUGCUCCUGUAUGUUGGCUGGCAGGGAGUGCAUAGAAUCUGAGUUAAUAUUUCCAGUUAGACGCGAGUGUUGGAUUGGAGGGCAUGAAUCCUCUCCCCAGAAGAGGCACUCAUGGCCAUUUCUGUCUGAGCCCUGCGGAUGGUGCCUCUCCGUCCCCUGUGUUUUCAAAGCUAAGGAUUUGUGGCACGCUCACCAUCUCUCUGGCCAAGGAGGGCCGGGACAGAGUCCCUCGGGGGAGGGCAUAUAGUUUGAGGACAUCUGACUCUCUCAUAUCGCAUACUGAGGUACUAAUAUCAAAACAGACUGCUUGUCGUCGCACGGUGGGGCAGUGCUUUUUUUGGCUGCCGUGGUCGAAAUGAAAUGGGCAAGCUGUAGUCCGCUUGGCAUCAGAAUGGGCUAAGGGAAGCUGGGAAAUCAGAGUCAGACUGUGAAUGCGAGUAACAGCCAAUGGUUAACUUCCUUUUUGUGUGUCACUUGGCAGCGAUGAGACUGAUGGCGAUUUUUUUGUAACAUGGGUGAGAGUUCAGUGCCCUGGGAAGAGCCGUAGACGCUGUUAUUGUGCUUCCUCAUACAGUUGACUUGUGUUGAUUUCUUGAGGCCACUACAGCUGUUCCAAGGGCCAGCUCCAGAAGCUGUAUACAUGGCUGUCGGACGUCGGAUGAAAAAGGUCUACGCGCCAUCAGCAAGCACUGCCGACUACAAUAGGGACUCGCCAGGCUACCCUUCCUCAAAACCAGCAACCAGCACUUUCCCUAGCUCCUUCUUCAUGCAAGAUGGCCAUCACAGCAGUGACCCUUGGAGUUCCUCCAGUGGGAUGAAUCAGCCUGGCUAUGGAGGAAUGUUGGGCAAUUCUUCUCAUAUUCCACAGUCUAGCAGCUACUGCAGCCUGCAUCCACACGAACGUUUGAGCUAUCCAUCACACUCCUCAGCAGACAUCAAUUCCAGUCUUCCUCCGAUGUCCACUUUCCAUCGUAGUGGUACAAACCAUUACAGCACCUCUUCCUGUACGCCUCCUGCCAACGGGACAGACAGUAUAAUGGCAAACAGAGGAAGCGGGGCGGCAGGCAGCUCCCAGACUGGAGAUGCUCUAGGGAAAGCACUUGCUUCGAUCUAUUCUCCAGAUCACACUAACAACAGCUUUUCAUCAAACCCUUCAACUCCUGUUGGCUCUCCUCCCUCUCUUUCAGCAGGCACAGCUGUUUGGUCUAGAAAUGGAGGACAGGCCUCAUCGUCUCCUAAUUAUGAAGGACCCUUACACUCUUUGCAAAGCCGAAUUGAAGAUCGUUUAGAAAGACUGGAUGAUGCUAUUCAUGUUCUCCGGAAUCAUGCAGUGGGCCCAUCCACAGCUAUGCCUGGCAGUCACGGGGACAUGCACGGAAUCAUCGGACCUUCUCAUAAUGGAGCCAUGGGUGGUCUGGGCUCAGGGUAUGGAACCGGCCUUCUUUCAGCCAACAGACAUUCGCUCAUGGUCGGGGCCCAUCGUGAAGAUGGCGUGGCCCUGAGAGGCAGCCAUUCUCUUCUGCCAAACCAGGUUCCCGUCCCACAGCUUCCUGUCCAGUCUGCAACUUCCCCUGACCUGAACCCGCCCCAGGACCCCUACAGAGGCAUGCCACCAGGACUACAGGGGCAGAGUGUCUCCUCCGGCAGCUCUGAGAUCAAAUCUGACGAUGAGGGCGAUGAGAAUCUGCAAGACACGAAAUCUUCCGAGGACAAGAAAUUAGAUGACGACAAGAAGGAUAUCAAAUCAAUUACUAGGUCAAGAUCUAGCAAUAACGAUGACGAGGACCUGACGCCCGAGCAGAAGGCGGAGCGCGAGAAGGAGCGGAGGAUGGCCAACAACGCCCGCGAGCGCCUGCGGGUCCGCGACAUCAACGAGGCUUUCAAGGAGCUGGGCCGCAUGGUGCAGCUCCACCUCAAGAGCGACAAGCCCCAGACCAAGCUCCUGAUCCUCCACCAGGCCGUGGCUGUCAUCCUCAGCCUGGAGCAGCAAGUGCGAGAAAGGAAUCUGAACCCAAAAGCCGCUUGUCUGAAAAGAAGGGAGGAAGAGAAGGUGUCCUCAGAGCCUCCCCCGCUCUCCUUGGCCGGCCCGCACCCUGGAAUGGGAGAUGCAUCAAAUCACAUGGGACAGAUGUAAAAGGGUCCAAGUUGCCACAUUGCUUCAUUAAAACAAGAGACCACUUCCUUAACAGCUGUAUUAUCUUAAACCCACAUAAACACUUCUCCUUAACCCCCUUUUUUGUAAUAUAAGACAAGUCUGAGUAGUUACGAAUCACAGACGCAAGAGGUUUCAGCAUUCCCAAUUAUCAAAAAACAGAAAAACAAACAAAAAAAAAAGAAAGAAAAAAGUGCAACUUGAGGGACAACUUUCUUUAACAUAUCAUUCAGAAUGUGCAAAGCAGUAUGUACAGGCUGAGACGCAGCCCAGAGACUGAACGGCAAUCUUUCCACACUGUGGAACAAUGCAUUUGUGCCUAAACUUCUUUUGGAAAAAAAAAAUAUAAUUAAUUUGUAAGUCUGAAAAAAAUAUUUAAUUUAAAAAAUUGUAAACUUGCAAUAAUGAAAAAGUGUACUUCUGAAGAAAACUACAUGAACGUUUUUGUUGGUAUUCAAGUCAGCUAGUGUUUAUAAUUACUGGAUAUUGAAUAGGGGAAGCUCGGCUGCCCUAGUAACAAAACCAGCAAACGUCCUGAUGACAACGAAGUGAUGACAUUAGCCAUUCCUUAGGGUAGGAGGAACAGAUGGAUCUUAUAGACCUAUGACAAAUAUAUAUAUAAAUAUAUAUAUAUAAAUAUAUAUUAAAAAUUUAGUGACUAUGGUAAGCUUUUGUUCAUUUGUUUCAGACUUUUUUCUCCUGUAAAAAAAUAGUACUGAUUAACUUUUUUAAAAGAAAGAUUUUACUGUAAAUAUGGAUUUUUUUCUUUUUUUUUCUUUCUUUUCUUUCUUUCUUUUUUUUUUUUUUCUUUUCUUGGUCUUAUUUCUGUCCCUUUCCCCGAUUUGUUAUUGUAACCUGUAGUGCCAACUCUGCUUCCGGAGGGGUAGUGCAGGAUGAAACGCUGAUGUUGCUUCUCAUUCGUAAAUAAGUAGAAAGUUGUUUCUCCAGUCUUUUGGGAACACAGGACUUAAAAGUCACAUCAUGUGUAGAUAUUACAAGCAGCAUUACCAAGACAUGGCAAAAAGAGUUUGUCUGAAUUGUAAUGUUGCAUUUGUGACCCUAUUCUGGGAUUUUCAGAGGUACAAGGUUAGAAUGCUACAAUGUUACCACUGUGCCUUCCAAUGUUUAUAUCAUCGGAAACAUAACAUAAUCAAAGUGGCUGUGAUUUAACAAAAUGAUUAAAGUGUUACCUACCUGUGUAGCCGAAGUAGUGUGCAGUGAGGCAUUUCUGAAUACAUGGUCAGAUUUUUGGAAAAAAACAAAAACAAAAAAAACAAAGUUCAAAAACCGUCAAAUGAGAAAAUUGCAAGUAGUGUGACAGAGCUGAUUGAUUUUCUUGCUUUCUUGAUUUUUUUUUUCAAAAUGGGUUUACUAAAAUGUAGAUGACUUAACUGCCUCCUCCUUCGUCUGAAAAAUGCCAAUAUUCAAUCAUCAUGCAGCAUUAUAACAAGCCUUAGAAGUCCUAAAGCAUUAAGUUGCACUUUUUUGAGGAGGGGUAGUGCAGUAUUUCUCUGGCCAGUAUGAAUGAAGUUUAUACUUAACAUAUUUGAUAGAAACAUAGAUCAAGCUACGGCACAGCAACUCAUCAGAUAGCUAGCUUUGACGUCUGGGCACAAUUGAACCAACUUCCAUCGUGAAUCUUUAUAAUGAUUGACUUUGGUGUAUAGUGCAGUAAACAAAUAGUGCUCCUAGUUAAGUAUUUGUCAGCAUCCUUUUGUCUCUAACUUGUUUCUAUUUUUACAGCCACACAAUCUUGGCAUGUAUUAAGAAAAAAAAAUCCCUGUUCAAGUAGUUUUUCCACCUAUCAGCACUGAGUAAAUGCCAUAAAUCCAUUGAAAUGGUCUAAAUGUUCCAUCUGUUCUCCUGUUUUGCCAGUUAUAUAGUAAUGAACUACAUUUGUAAAUUUUAUGCAACAAAUGGCAAACGUAUCAUUAUUUUGAAAUUGUGUAUGUAAAAGUUAUAUUUUUACAUGUAGACUCUUGUUAUUAUGUGUUUUAAUACAUUGUAUCAGUUUUUGUUUUUUUAAACUGUGUGGUUUAAAAAAGUCUCAUUUAAAUGAAAUAGUGAGCUACAAGAAUCUGAAUUUUAUGUUCAUUUCUGAAAAUGUAAGAACAAAUAAGAUAGUUACCACGUGGUCAUCUUUUACAAACCCAUAAACAUUUUGAUUAGCUGUGUGUGUGUUGAAAACUGUAAAUAUGUUCAGUAGCGAUAAAACUAAAAUACUUUGAUUUGUUGAUAAGUUCCUAAAAUGUGGAGGUGGAUUAAAACUUUAGGAGAAUAGCAGAAAUCAAACUUCAUGAAAAGUUAUUUGGGGGCUUUCCUGUGAAAUGUAUGAACAAAGACGCUCAAAGAAGGGCAUGGAAGACAAUAAUGUAUACUCUCCCCUCCUCCCUGAAUAAUGAAAACCAUGUGUACUUGUUCCCUCAGUAUGUUAAAGAUUUCCUUUUAGUGGUACAUUCUGCACUCAUUUUGUAUAGUCUACCAAGGCGGGUAUCCCUAGGAAUAAUAUUAUAUAGGAAGCAGGUAUACUCUGAUCACAUUCAGGAUAAGUGUAUAGAAGAAAAUAUGGUGUUUACUCUUUGGGGAACUGGAAACACUCCCUGCAUUGAUGUACAUUUUAAGAAUGGCACUUUUGAUACAUGUUAUCAUAAAGGUGCUUAAUAGAGCUGAAUUAAAGUUUUUCAAAUCUGUAAACAAAGCAAAAAAAUUAAAUUGUAGUCCUUUGAUUAUUUUUUAAAUUGGUGCUUUAUCUUUUGUUCUCACUCAAACGGAGCAGAAGCUGCAAUUUAUUGUUCACCAGCUUUGACGUAUUCAUUACUCGGUAAUGUAAUACCUCUAUUGUUGAACUCCCUUUGAAAAUAAGAGAAAAACUUUCUAACGGCCACCAAAAGCUGCUCGCUACGUUUUGCUUGGUGGAGAAACAUGAUUUGCACCUAUCCGUAUUAAUUGGGUUGUAUCCCCAUUAAAAAAGAAAAAAAAAAAGGGAAUGUGGCCUUUUUAGUGUGUUUUUUUCUUGUUGUUGUUUUGUAAUUAUCAAACCCAGGUAAGAUAUUGGUAUCCUGCACUGGAUUGUGGAAUGAAAUUUAGCAGAAGACAGGAUUAAAGUACUAUACAAAAAUUUCAUAAGGUCCAUAUACUACACACUCUCUCUCUCUCUCUCUCUCUCUAUAUAUAUAUAUGAUGAUACUUAGGCUGGGGGUCUCUUUAAGAAACUUGGACUUUAAAAGCAACUUGGAACAGUUGAUCCACCUCCACAUUCAAGUAAUUUAUGAAUAUGCAGAAUAGGGAUCUGUUCAUCUAGAAAUUUUUACCAUUUGUCUUCUGUGUAGCUGCAAGGAACACUAAUGUUUAUACAACUGUCAGUCCACCCAGUGGUGCAACUGGUUCUGAUUCAGUCUUCCGAUUCCUUUUUGUUUUUCACUUUUUCCUAUUUCUUGAUUAUUUUUUUUUUAUUUGUGAUCUUUAUUUUGAUGAGGGGUUGGGGAGUGGGGAGGGAGUUGAACCAAGACUUGGGGUUAAGAGGAUUUUCAUCUUUGCAUCCAACAGGCAGAAUAUGAUCUGUGUCCAAAAGUGAACUUGAGUCAGGAAUGA